AACACACUUUCCUGCAUCAGUCAGUCAACGUCGCCCGCAGGCUCGGGUCACGAAUGUAUCGAGCGGACGCUCCACAUGUGGUAGAUGACAGGAUGGGGAGCUGCCAGAGCAACGCCAAGCUAACGUGUUUCUCUCCGCAAAAACAUAGCGACAGUGUUGAUCAAUUUGACAACUUGGAGAAGCAUACGCAGUGGGGGAUCGACUUUCUGGAGAAGUACGCCAAAUUUGUCAAGGAGAGGUCCGAGAUCGAAAUCAGCUAUGCCAAACAAAUUAGGAAUUUAUCCAAGAAGUACCAACCGAAGAAAAACUCGCGGGAAGAGGAGGAGAGCAAGUACACGUUCUGCAAGGCCUUCCUGACCACGAUCAACGAGCUCAACGACUACGCCGGGCAGCACGAGGUGAUCGCCGAGAACUUGACGUCGCAGAUCAUCACCGAGCUCUCGCGCUACCUGCAGGAUCUCAAGACCGAGAGGAAGUCGCACUUCCACGAUGGCCGCAAAGCGCAGCAGCACAUCGAGAGCUCGUGGAAACAGCUCGAGUCGUGCAAAAGGAAGUUUGAGCGGGAUUGCAAAGAGGCCGACAAAGCGCAGCAGUACUUUGACAAGAUGGACGCCGACAUCAACGUGACAAAGGCCGACGUGGAAAAGCGAAGUUCCCUCAAGGCGCGGCAGCAAGCUCAGGUCAGGCACCAGAUGGCGGCCGACAGCAAGAGCGAUUACUCGUCCUACCUGCACAAGUUCAACCAGGAGCAGAACGAACACUAUUACACCGUCAUACCCAACAUCUUCCAGAAACUCCAAGACAUGGAGGAGAAGCGCAUUGAGAGGUUAGGAGCGUGCAUGAGGACUUUCGCCGACGUGGACCGGCAGGUCAUCCCCAUCGUGGGAAAGUGUCUGGACGGCAUGAGCAAGGCGGCCGAGGCCAUCGAGGCCAAAACGGACUCCAAGCAGGUGGUGGAGUCGUACAAGUCCGGCUUUGAGCCGCCGGGGGACGUGGAGUUCGAGGACUACGAGCAGGCCAUGAAGAGGGCGGUGUCGGAAAGCAGCUUGAACAACUCUCGGGGGGAGGUCCGCGAGAGGCCCACCGGCAAAAGCAAAGGCAAACUCUGGCCUUUCAUCAAGAACAAAAACAAGUUUAUGUCCCUGUUAACGUCCCCCCGGCAGCCCCCGCCCGCCCCCCCGGCCUCCUCCCCGCCCUCACCCUCUGCCGACUCCCAAUCUCCCAAGCAGCACAAGGAGCCCCUCUCGCACCGCCUCAACGACUUCAUGGCCUCCAAGCCCAAAAUGCACUGCCUGCGGAGCCUGAGGCGAGGGCUUUCUCUCAAGCUGCUCACACUCAAUUCCCACGUCCGGAAUCUCAUUGAGGGUUCCGGACCUGAGGACUUUAGCCACCUGCCGCCGGAACAGCGAAGGAAGAAGCUGCAGGGCAAGUUGGUCGAGCUCAACAAAGACAUUCAAAAGGAGACGGACCAGAGGGACGCGCUGACCAAGAUGAAAGACGUUUACGUGAAGAAUCCGCAGAUGGGCGACGCCGCCAGCCUGGACCCUCGGUUAGCCGAGCUCGAGCAGAACAUCGAGAAGCUGCAGUUUGAAGUGCAGAAAUUUGAGGGCUGGCUGUCCGAGGUGGAGGAGCGGAUGCCCUCCAAGAGCGACACGCAUCGGCGGAGCGGACUCUACGAGAGCCAAAGCAGCGGCGCCGUCAACAACAACUGCGCCCAGGACCGAGAGAGCCCCGACGGCAGCUACACGGAGGAGCAGAAUUCCGAGAGCCACGAAAAGGCCAACGUGGCCAACGCCAAGCCCCCGGUGGCCGUCACGCCCGAGUUUGACGACGAGUUUGACGACGAGGAGUCGCUGCCCACCAUCGGAAACUGCAAAGCCUUGUAUCCGUUUGACGGCCACAACGAGGGCACCAUCUCGGUGGCCGAGGGCGAGCUGCUCUACGUCAUCGAGGAGGACAAAGGCGACGGCUGGACGCGGGUGCGCCGCAACCAGGACGAGGAGGGCUACGUGCCCACCUCCUACGUGGAGGUCUUCUUGGGGACCAACGCCAAAGAUUCCUAAAGCAGAUGCUGGCUGAGGGAGCGGCAGGGCAAGCGGCCUAGGGACCUCUUCCUCUUUAUAAAAAAAAAAAAAAAAAAAAAAAAGACUUUUGGAAACCUCCACAUUCAAAUUGUUAACACGCUUGUGGCCCCUAACAGCUCGGCUUGCUUAAGUCAAGCUCAGCCGCCCGACUAACCCGCAACGGCGUAGUCAGAGAGAGGAGGCAGAAGCAUCGCCGGACCACGUCACCCGAUUUUCUCAUCAUCAUCCAUCCAUCCAUCCAUCCAUCCAUCCAUCCUGGAGCCAACAGCACGACAAAAUACGUUCAGAAGAUUGUGACAAAAAAUGCUGCUUGAUUGUCAUAAUAUUAGUAUGUUGCAAAUGUUUCACUAAAAAAUAUAAAGUGUUACUGGAUUUGAUUUUUAGGAUUUUUAAAAAUAUAUAUAUUAUUAUGGAAGAAUAAAAUUCCAAUCAAUUUUUUUUUUUUUAAUGGUACAUGACAAACGUAACACUGAUAUUAUGACAAACAAUGCAGCAUUAUAAUUCCAAUUGGGGAAAAGGAUGAAGUGUAUCUGCUUGGCACGUGAAGUGCUGUUGGCUGUCUUUUCCUGUCAUGAUGUCAUCACACUGUCAUCGGCUCCUCUCUUUGACGUCAACGCCGCCCAACCCAUCCUGUCACCUGCACUUAACCCCGCCUCCAGCACCUGUUAACGCCACCCCUAGCUAGCUUCUGCAGCCAAUCGGGUCUGGGCGUUGAUGUUUUGCCGCAUGCUUGCCCUGUCUGCCUCCUCACCCCUCCCCUCCCUGAAGCUGGCUGUCCUUUUCGGGGUACCAACCCCCAGAAAGACUCAGAUAAUGUUUUUAUUCUGUAUUGUAAUUUCUGUUAGUGCUGAAAAUAGCAUGCCCCCCCCCCCCCCCCCCACCUCUCACUUUGACCUGUUUGGGUUAAGGUUAGGGUUUGUGUUGCCAUUGUUCGCCCCAGAACCCCCCCCCCCCCCUCCAGCUUGUUCUGUUGAUGACAACAUUCUAACUUUUGAGCCUGCUUUAUCCGUUCAACUGACACUUGCUGUUCUGUUCCACCAACUAUGUUCGUAAUGGCACAUAUGUCUUUUAUUGGAAGUGUUUCAACGAUGAUGAUCUUCAUGAUCCAGAGCAGGAAACGUGUGUUCUGCCACGGAACGGCACUGAAAAGCCACUUUACUGCAAGAGUGUUUGUUUGGGAUGGGACGCUUUCAGCUUGAGGAGGAGAACCACUAAACAAACUGCGCGGCCGGCCGGCCACGGAGUGUCAUGCUGGAAAGAAGAAAAAAGUCGACUGUUUUACACGACAAAUUGUUGUUGAGCUAUAGAAAUUGUUUUUAAGCUGCUUAAAAAUUCCGAGAAAAAAAAUUAGAUUGAGAGAUCAACGUGAGAAAAUGACGACAGUAGUUCUUUUCAUUUGAAAUUGUAAUUUAGAGAUAGGCAGUAGAAACAAAGUUGUCAUGUGACAAGAAUCAGUCAAAUUCAAUGACAGUUAUUUUUUUAAUGAAAAGAAAUGUUACUAAAGUUUAGAAAAUAGUUUUAAUAUUAAGAAAAGGUUUUGAGAGGAAGAAAUGACAAAAGUCUGACAGUAUUUAUCCGUAACUUUAUGCUCCUAACAAAACUUCUCGUAAUAUUAUAAUUCUUGCGACUUAUUUUUUUAAGAGCAUCCAUUUUUGUUCUUUUCAGUGUCCACUCCUUGGUCAAAUGGAACCACCUUUUGCUCCUGGCGUCGUUUUCCCAUGAGAGUAUAAAUAUAGAAAAUAUGAAUAUAAGGCUCAAGAUGCAAAGUGAAAAUUUUAACUAUAGGCAGUGCGUCGCUUUGCAAACGUACGUACACGUAUGUUAGUGUGUGUGUGUUGAGUGAGCGCGUGUGUGAGUGCAUGUGUGUGCGUGUUUGCUUCUUGUUGCCUAUCGUUCAAUUUACGUGUUUUUUUUCUUUUCUGGAGCACUGAAUACUUUGUAUUGUGUUUACUGUGCCAAUUAAAAAUGCCUGAAAGUCA